AACAGCAACACUCGUCCCGUAAAAGUCUCUCUCUCUCUCUCUCUCUCUAUCGCAGAUAGGUGCUUCGUCUCCUUCUUCGAUAACUCCGAUCACCUAAAAACGUUUCCUUUCAAUCAAAGCAUCUCUCUCUCUCUCUCCCUCCUUCAUUACAAACAUUAUAUCCUCGCAUUUCGAGGUACUUACUCUCUCGAUCGAGAUUCAGAUCUAAAUUUCAAUAAUUAGGGAUUUCGAUUCUCCAUCGUCAAUGUCGAAUUCGAGCUUCGAUGUGGAGAAAGUUUCGAUCUUUAUUGGAUUCUAACUUGGAGAUUUCGAAUGGCUGGUUUUGAUUUUGAUGAUUGUGGCAAUGAUGUAGUUUUAGCUAAAAGUUGUUUGCUUUGAAGAGGGAAGAAGAUGGGAUCUGGGCGGAGCAAAUCGUGCCGAGCCUCUACGGAACCUGGUGGUGGUGGAGGAAGGAGGAGAAAACCAAUGAGUCUCCUUUGCUCUCUUCACUCUUCUUGCCUCGCUUCUACUUCUCACGACAGUGACGAUGACGUUGAUCAUCAGGUAUGUAACGGAAGGAGGAGGAUGGAAUCUUUGAAUCAGGGAGAUGCACAAGAUUGUUAUGAUGAUGAAGAACUGAAAGAUAAAAACGAGCUUGAGCUUGAUGAUGAUUGUGGUGUUGUUGUUGAAGAAGAAGCAGCUGUAAGCAACGUUGGCGGUUCGGUUCAAGAAUCUCCCACUCCAAGUGGAGUUUUCUCGCAUUUCAAAUUCCUUCCUGGUAACAUAAGCUCCAGACUUAGCAGAGCUUCAAGCUCUAGAUCCUUCAACACUACUUACCCACGAGAAGUAUCUGUCAUACAACCUGCUAGAGUUGAGUCUCCGAGGAACCCUGUGAUUGACAAUGUGGUUAGAGACAUUGAUGCCAUGCGAUAUGGAGAAGAUCGUUCUUCUUCUUCGAGAGUAGGGAAUGGUAUGGAAAGACAAGUUGUUCGUGAACCUUCCGUUGAUCGGAAUGUUAGUUUUAGCAGGACUCUGAGUGUUGGACGUCUCCGUGACAGAGUUCUUCGCCGGUCUUCACUCUCUGAUUUCACAUUCCGUCCUUCACAUCAGGGAGAAGAUGAUACUGAUCUCUUCCCUGCUGAUAACACUGCAGCAGCGGAGGAUACUCCUGUGACUUCAACGUCGUUACUAAACCGUUCUGCUUCUAGCAUUAGAAGGACGUUAUUCGGAGUUCAAGAUCAACAGACGACAAGUCCUCUUGUCAUAGAAGGGAGGUAUCAAGGUUUAUUAGAACACCGAUCAGAUUUCCUUGAGAGAAGGAGGAGAAUUAGAUCUCAGGUUCGUGCUCUUCAAAGAUUGGGAAGCCGGUUUGAGAGUGUCACAGGCCAUCAUGAUAGGGCUUGUGUCUUAUCAGGUCUAGACCAAGCAGGUCGUUGCACAUGCCGUGCAGGUACUAACCGUGGUUCCACUACAACAACAACAACACCAACAACCGAUGAAACAAACGCUAGAGCUAGCAUCUCAAGGAUAGUAUUGCUAGCUGAAGCUCUCUUCGAGGUUCUUGAUGAAAUUCAUCAGCAAUCUGUUGUAUUAUCCUCUCAACAACCAUCAGUAUCAUCAAUAGGAUCUGUUCCUGCACCUAACGACGUUGUGGACUUGUUACCUAUAAAACAGUAUACUAAAUCACAAAGCGAAGAUUCCUCACAAUGUUAUAUAUGUCUUGUGGAGUAUGAAGAAGGAGACACUAUAAGGACACUUCCUUGUCAUCAUGAAUUCCAUAGAACAUGUGUGGAUAAAUGGCUUAAAGAGAUUCACAGAGUAUGUCCUCUAUGUCGUGGAGACAUUUGUAGACAUGAUCCAUCACCUGAACUACACUGAUUACAGUAUGAGAGUUUCAGAUUCUGCAAAAGACCCAAAAACAUUCAUUGGUUUUUGUCUGGAACUGAAUCUAAAUGUUGUAUUUUUGCUUGUUGUUUGUAGCUUUCAAUUGAAAACAAAAAACAACAAAAUUCAAACUUCCUGUAUUUUAAACUUCUGUACUUAAUUGAUAAAUUUACUGA